ACAUCAUUAAAGGUCAAGCUACUGUCGUGUUGUUGUUGUGAAGACUCCUAAUGUAAAGCUUUUAGCAGAGGAGCAAGCUAUUACCGACUACUAUAAGCGGAGAGAAGGCUACUAAUAUACCGUGGGAGCAAGCUGGAACGUGCAGGAGGUCGUAUAAAGUCUCUACAGAACAACAAUAGGCCUUGAACCAUUGUCUGGUAAUUGUACUACAGUGUGGAUCACAUCAUCCAUUGUGAGUCUUUAUGGACAGAUUUCAAACGUUUUUGAGAGCUCUGCAAAUGUCGCAAUCACAUUAAAACACUUGAAACACUCACAAGAUCAAACAAAACGACGAAUAACUGAAUCAAGUUCAUGCAAUGAAUUCGGAUAUCUUCGAGGGAGGUGUUCUGGCCCCUCUGAUGUCAAAGGUCAAACAGGAGCAACUCGGCAUGCCACCAUUCACUGACAAAGAUCACUACAUACGAUCGUCCAAGACAGGAGAAGGUCCCUUUAAUUACUCUCUGACUGAUUACAUUCACAUUGAUACCCACGCUGGCGGCGGUGCAAGUGUCGUACACAUCUAUCAGGACGAACUAUCGUGUUUAGACCAACCACAAUUGGACGAACUGGCAACCAUGUUUUUUGAGGAAGUAUUCAGGGAAGAUAAGAGAGGCAAUGCACAUCAUGUGAUGGGAAUAGUCCACAGGGCAGCCGCUUAUUUGCCAGAGUUGGUGUCGUAUUUAGGAGAAACACAACCUGAUCUAGACGUUAAGGUUGGCCACCUUCGUAAGCCUCAGAUAGAGACAGUCAAGAUGGCGGACUAUACUCGACGAGUGGAGGAGAGCUAUUGCAGCGGCACCUUCAGACACGGUCCUCUACUACAGGUCAGCAUGGUGGGACAGUUCUCUGAGGAAUCUGGAGGAUACUUCCCUCAGCUACUAGAUUUGCUGGAGGAGAGUCCAUUUGUUCGUCUUACUACGCCCUGGGGUGGUCUCUCUAGCCUAGACCUGCCCAACAGACAGCUAUCUGACGACGGGCCCAUCCUCUGGGUCAGGCCGGGGGAGCAGAUGAUUGCCUCAGGGGAAACCCCCGCUGGUACACCAAGGAAGAAAAAAGCUGGCAAGUCCGAGCUCCACUCUCUGUAUGCUUCUCGAAUGAGUGAGAAGAGGGAAACCUUAUUUGAGGAUCGUACGCGUUGUCAUGCCGACCAUGUAGGCCAGGGCCUCGGGCAACAAACUACAGCGGCUGUAGGUGUUCUCAAGGCAGUCAAGUUCGAGGAUGAAAGUGACACUGGUAGUAGAGAGAUGAAAGAUGUGAUCUGCUUCCAUGCUGCUGACUUCAACGAGGUAGCACUGAGACUGCAGCUGGACUUAUAUGAACCACCAAUGUCACAGUGCCGUCAGUGGGUGGAGGAGGCCAAGCUGAACCUGUUACGUCGUGAGGGUGUUCGCUACGCACACUUUAGACUGAGGGAAGAUGAUGUGUAUUUCAUCCCACGCAAUGUGAUCCACCAGUUCCAGACAGUGGCUGCCUGUACUAGCAUUGCCUGGCAUCUCAGACUCAGGCAGUAUCACACAGCCGCAGCAGAGGGACGGGCUAAUGGAACACAGGAAGCUGGGGAAAUGACUGCCUCUGAAAAAAACCUCUCCGAUUCCGAUAUUGACCACACCCACAAAAACGGUCAUGUGACCUCGUUGAAGAACUCUGCAAAUCACCAUGGCAACACGCUUGAAGGAUCCUCUUCGGAUGAAGACCAAAUAUCGUUUUCCUAUUCGUCAGACGAAGAAUUUCUACCAGACAUGAUUAAAAAGAAAAAAACCGCUAGCAGCUCAAAAAAGAAGUCCUCAUUUCCUUCAUCUCCUGCUAAUAAGAGCACACCAUUAUCGGAGCAACCUCUCUCACCUUCUAAGAGUUUGACCUCUCAGUCUAAGGUCAAAGCGCAGAGUGCAGUACGCAGUAAGCUCUCGGCACAUAAGGAUAGGAAUAUCAAAACACUUGGUGAUUCUACGCCACAAAAUAUGAGCAAUACAUCCUCACAAUCUCGAGAGGGUACGCCCACCUCCCCACACGCCCACGACACACCCUUACACCACCCACAGCUCCACUCGUCACAGUUACAGCCCUCACAACCACACAGACGAUUAGAAAACAAGAGAAAAGAAGAUCUGUUCAGCCUGGAAAAGAAACGUCGAAGACUAAGCUCUAUGAACAACCUCCUCCGAAAAAGCUCUACCCCCUCCACUCCUCACACUCCUCACAUUCCUGACAUGGGUGAGGCCAGGACGCCACAGAUACCGUCACUAGCAUCCAAGGGCAAGACAAUGAGAAACAGUCCCGCUGGCAAAAGACCACGGAAAAGCAUCGAUAGCAGUGAUUCUGAGAUUAUUGAACCGACGUCUGUCAAGAAAACAAGCCCUUCAAGCAAUUCAAAGCAUCGACUUUCUAGUUUAUCCGAUAGCGAAGAUGAGAUUGUCUCCAUGCCAACACGACAAGUGUCCCCACCACUUAACAAGCAGGGGCCAGCCUCGACACUCUGGAAGGCUGAUGGAACACUCAACAGUAGCAGUGACGAAUCUGGUAAAGAGGAAAGACGCAAACCAAAGAAGAUUAAUCAUGUGGACAGAAUGAAAUCGAUUUUUGGCGAUUCAGAAAGUGAUGAUGAAUCAUCCAACAAAGUCAGUGUGCCCUCUCCCCCUCCUCCAGUGGUUAAGCACACUAAGGUGGACACCCCUCCAGUGGUUAAGCAGACUAAGGUGGAUAAGGUUGUGAGAAAGCCUAACAAAAGACAAGUAUUCAGUGACUCUAAUUCUUCUGAUAAUGAGGAGGCUGAUGUUGCUGUCCAGGUGCCUGUUGUUAAGGAGGUUCCCCACUCUGAGAAGGGGAAUUCCCAUGCUGUUAGGGACAUCCCCCAUGUUGUUAGGGACUCCCCUCAUCCUGACCACAAGGCUAAGAGCGUACAGCGCAAUCACAACAAGUCAGAACACUCCUCUACCACCAAACGACCUCUGGACCGCAGCACUCAUAACGACGAUAGCACUGCUAAGAAACUACGACUUGUCGAUAUCGAUUUCACGGGUGGUAAAAUGCGAUCACCUUUCUCACAACCUAAACCCUCUUCUAAACUGACACCUCUAAAGAAGCUAAGACUGCAAUCACAGAAGAGCCACCAUGGACCGUUGUCUGUGCACAGCAAACCAAAGAGCAGUGAUGGUAAACUUCACACGUCCAGGAAAGAGGAGCAUAAAACUACUGACAAGAAACCAUCCGUUCACAAACUAACUUCUCCGGAAAAAAGCUCAAAACAAAUUUCAUCGACAACGAAAGACGGUCAUCAUAGAAAGAACGAUUUGUUUAAGAAGUCAUCACAUGACUCUACUAAGAGAUCACAUGACCAUGUCAAGAAAUCGCAUGACUCGAGUAAAAAGUCACAUGACUCUUCUGGGAGGGAACUGUUUGCUCACAAGAAUGCAAUUUUAGCGGCCAAGUUUCCACAAAAAAGGAACUUAGUGCCAGAGCACUCGAUAAUGAUGAGGGCGGCGUUAAUCGGAGGAAUACAGGACAUGUGAUUACUUUAAGGUGGGCGUGACCGCAUCAGCAAAAAUACUGCUUGUUGUACAACUCGUGCAGUGCAGUGUGUUAGUCUUCUCUUUCAGUA